GGACCGUUUAAAAUAUGGUGAAUGCGGAAAUGCAAGUCGUCGGGGUUAUUGACUGGGAAUUUACCUAUGCUGCUCCAGCGGAAUUUUCCUCCGCGCCAACCGUGGUGGCUUGCUUCUCGAACAGCCCGAAUACUGGCCAGAAGGCAUCGAAGAUUGGACAAGGGCAUAUGAACACCAUGGAUGGCCUUGAUACAAUCUGGCCCGUCUAA